CGGCCGACACCGCGAACGCGCUUCAUUUCAGAGCUGCUGUUGCUAAGAUGCAAUGGCGGCUGCGCCAAGGAGUCAAGAGUUGAAUGAGUUCUAAAUCUAAGGGGCUCGUGACAGGAACGGACAUCAUUAUGGCAGAGAGAAAUUCUACCGGAUUGCUGAUGAUGAUGUUGGAGCCGACACCGGCGAUUGCAAUGACACUCCCGGCGGAGGUUCGCGAGAAGCUGGCCGAGCUCGAGCUGGAACUCUCCGAAGGAGAUAUCACUCAGAAGGGCUAUGAGAAGAAGAGAGGCAAGCUGCUGGCCCCCUACAUCCCACAGAUACAAGGAGUAGACCCCUCGCUACAGACGGACAACCGGAUCCAGACGUCCUCCCAGGCCGUCCUUCCGGGGUCAAAGCAGAACAAAUCCCGGGCUGCCAACUCACGGGAUGAGCGCUUCAGAUCUGAUCUCCACACAGAAGCCGUCCAAGCAGCCUUGGCCAAGUACAAAGAGAGAAAGAUGCCCAUGCCCUCCAAGAGACGCUCCGUGUUGGUGCAGUCCUCCGUAGAGGCAUGCACACCCCCAGACACCUCCUCUGCGUCGGAGGACGAGGGCUCGCUGCGGCGCCAGGGACGGCUCCACACCACCUCCACGCCCUACCAGGGUUCCCAAUCCACUGUAGAGCACUGGUUUAACCGCGUCAUCCAGGGCUCGUCCACAUCAUCCUCAGCCUCAUCCACAUCAUCCCACCCGGGAGGGAGGGCCGCCCACGCCGCCGUCGCCAACGCCAAUGCCGCCGUCACGGCCCUGGCAGACCUCAUGGCACACACCCAGCUAGAUAACCACUCGGCCCCCCCGGACGUGACUGGCCUAUCAGAGCGCUCGCUGCACGGCGAGUCUCCCCAGGUGGGCUCCGUCAGAGGGGUCCCCCGGGGCUUCAACCACGCCAGCGCCAUGGAGACCGCAGAUGGUGUCCCUGUCAACAGCAGAGUGUCCUCUAAGAUCCAGCAGCUACUGAACACCCUGAAGAGACCCAAGAGGCCCCCGCUACGGGAGUUCUUUGUGGAUGACUGCGAGGAGCUCCUGGACGUCCAGCAGCCGGACCCCAACCAGCCGCGGGCAGAGGGGCAACAGAUGAGCCCCCUGGGCGGGGACCCCCUGGGGGUGGGGACCAACUGGCCACCCUCCUUGCCUGCGGCCCUCCAUCGCUGGGGCACCACCCAGCCCAAGAGCCCCUGCCUCACGGCUCUGGACAACGCUGGAAAGCCUGUCUACACCCUCACCUAUGGUAAACUUUGGACCCGGAGUGUGAAGCUGGCCUACACCCUUCUGAAUAAGCUGAGCACGAGGAACGAACCCCUGCUGAUGCCUGGGGACCGGGUUGCUCUGGUGUUCCCCAACAAUGAUCCUGUGAUGUUCAUGGUAGCAUUCUAUGGCUGCCUGCUAGCAGAACUGGUGCCUGUGCCUAUUGAGGUGCCUCUCACACGCAAGGACGCAGGAAGUCAACAGAUCGGCUUCCUGUUGGGGAGCUGUGGCGUGACGUUGGCACUGACCACGGACGCCUGUCAGAAAGGACUGCCCAAAGCUCAGACAGGGGAGGUGGCCACCUUCAAAGGCUGGCCACGGCUGCUCUGGUUUGUAACAGACGGUAAACAUGUUGUGAAGCCCCCUAAAGACUGGCACCCUCUGAUACGAGAAGCAAGCGACGACAUCGCUUAUAUAGAGUACAAGACCAGUAAGGAGGGCAGCACCAUGGGCAUCACUGUGUCUCACUCAGCCAUGCUGGCUCACUGCCACGCCCUCACACAGGCCUGUGGCUAUACUGAAGCUGAAACCAUCACCAAUGUCCUGGACUUCAAGAGAGACUCAGGGCUGUGGCACGGAGUUCUCACUAGUGUGAUGAACCGGAUGCACGUGAUCAGCAUCCCCUACUCCCUGAUGAAAGUCAACCCUCUUUCCUGGAUCCAGAAAGUUCACAUGUACAAAGCACGAGUGGCGGUGGUGAAGUCCAGGGACAUGCACUGGUCCCUGCUGGCCCAGAGAGAUCAGAGAGACGUCAGCCUCAGUUCUCUCAGGAUGCUUAUUGUGGCCGACGGAGCCAAUCCCUGGUCAAUAUCCUCCUGCGACGCCUUCCUCAACGUGUUUCAGGCCCGGGGGCUUCGUCCUGAGGUGAUCUGCCCAUGCGCCAGCUCUGCUGAGGCUAUGACUGUCGCCCUCCGCAGACCCCCAGAGAUGGGUGUGCCCCCCCCAGGGAAGGCAGUUCUGUCCAUGGGGGGGCUGAGCCACAGUGUGAUCCGGGUGGACACUGAGGAAAAGCUGUCUGUGCUUAGCGUGCAGGACGUGGGCCAGGUCAUGCCUGGAGCCAUGGUGUGUGUGGUGCGUCUGGAGGGCACCCCGUACCUCUGCCAGACGGACGAGGUGGGGGAGAUCUGUGUGAGCUCAGCCAGCACUGGUGUGGCCUACUACGGCCUGCCUGGCAUGACCAAGAACAUCUUUGAGACCAUCCCAGUGACUCUAUCAGGAGCUCCUAUCAGUGAUCGUCCAUUCACCAGGACUUCUCUUCUGGGCUUCAUAGGACCGGAUGACCUGGUGUUUGUCGUGGGUAAAAUGGAUGGCUUGAUGGUGGUCAGUGGGCGGAGACACAACGCUGAUGACGUGGUUGCCACGGCGCUGGCGGUGGAGCCCAUGAAGUUUGUCUACAGGGGGAGGAUAGCGGUGUUCUCUGUGUCUGUGCUCCAUGAUGAGAGGAUUGUGGUGGUGGCAGAGCAGAGGCCUGAUGCCUCUGAGGAGGACAGCUUCCAGUGGAUGAGCCGUGUUCUCCAGGCAAUAGACAGCAUCCACCAGGUGGGUCUGUACUGCCUGGCCCUAGUGCCUGCCAACACGCUCCCCAAAGCCCCACUGGGGGGCAUCCACAUCUCGGAGACCAAGCAACGCUUCCUGGAGGGGGCGCUGCACCCCUGCAAUGUCCUCAUGUGCCCUCACACCUGUGUCACCAACCUGCCCAAGCCCCGGCAGAAACAGCCAGAGGUGGGUCCUGCUUCUAUGAUAGUGGGCAACCUGGUGGCAGGCAAGAGGAUCGCCCAGGCCUGUGGCAGAGACGUGUCCCAACUGGAGGACAAUGACCAGUUCCUGUACAUGCAGGAUGUGUUACAAUGGAGGGCCCAGGCCACGCCAGACCACCCUCUCUUCCUGGUGCUCAACGCCAAGGGCGCAGUGGCAAGCACAGCUUCCUGUCUGCAGCUGCACAAGCGGGCAGAGCGCGUUGCCGUGGCGCUGAUGGAGAAAGGCCGUCUCAACACGGGAGACCACGUGGCGCUGGUCUACCCUCCUGGCAUCGACUUGAUCGCCACCUUCUAUGGGUGUCUAUAUGCUGGCUGUGUGCCAGUCACUGUCCGACCCCCUCACCCCCAGAACCUGGCGACCACCCUGCCCACCGUCAAGAUGAUCGUUGAGGUCAGUAAGUCUGUGUGCAUCCUGACCACUCAAACAAUAAUGAAGCUCCUGAGAUCCAAAGAAGCAGCAGCUGCUGUGGAUGUAAAGAGCUGGCCCAUGGUGCUGGACACAGACGACCUCCCUAGGAAGAAAAGCCCCCAGAUCUACAAGCCCCCCACCCCUGAGAUGUUGGCCUACCUGGACUUCAGCGUGUCCACUACAGGCAUCCUGGCAGGGGUCAAGAUGUCCCAUGCUGCUACCAGUGCCUUAUGUCGCUCCAUCAAGCUGCAAUGUGAGCUCUACCCCUCACGGCAGAUCGCCAUCUGCCUGGACCCCUACUGUGGCCUGGGCUUCGCUCUCUGGUGCCUGUGCAGUGUGUACUCGGGCCACCAGUCCAUCCUGGUUCCUCCUCUGGAGCUGGAGAGUAGCGUGUCUCUGUGGCUGUCUGCCGUCAGCCAAUACAAGGUCCGCGUCACCUUCUGUUCCUACUCAGUCAUGGAGAUGUGCACCAAGGGGCUGGGCUCUCAGACAGAGGCUCUACGGCUGCGUAACGUGAACUUGUCAUGUGUGCGCACGUGCAUGGUGGUGGCAGAAGAGCGGCCACGCAUCGCCCUCACCCAGUCCUUCUCCAAGAUCUUCAAAGACCUGGGCCUGUCGCCACGUGCCGUCAGCUCCACUUUCGGCUGCAGGGUCAACGUGGCUGUAUGUCUGCAGGGCACAGCAGGACCAGACCCCACUACAGUCUACCUGGACAUGAGAGCGCUGCGACACGACAGGGUGAGGUUGGUGGAGAGAGGGUCACCACACAGCUUGCCUCUGAUGGAGUCUGGCAAGAUUCUGCCUGGGGUAAAAGUCAUCAUCGCCAACACCGAAACCAAAGGCCCGCUGGGAGACUCCCACUUAGGAGAGAUAUGGGUAAGCAGCCCCCACAAUGCUACAGGCUACUACACGGUAUAUGGAGAGGAGGCGCUACAUGCAGACCAUUUCAGCACCAAGCUCAGCUUCGGAGAUACCCAGACCGUUUGGGCCCGGACCGGCUACCUGGGUUUCUUGCGCCGCACGGAGCUCACAGACGCCAGCGGAGAGCGCCAUGAUGCCCUGUACGUGGUGGGAUCCUUGGAUGAGACCCUGGAGCUGAGAGGGAUGAGGUAUCAUCCAAUUGACAUUGAGACCUCUGUCAUCCGCUCACACAAAAGCAUUGCUGAAUGUGCUGUGUUCACCUGGACCAACCUACUGGUGGUGGUGGUGGAGCUGGAGGGCUCCGAGCAGGAGGCCCUGGACCUAGUGGCCCUGGUCACCAAUGUGGUCCUGGAGGAGCAUUACCUGAUCGUGGGCGUAGUGGUGGUGGUCGACCCUGGGGUCAUCCCCAUCAACUCACGUGGGGAGAAGCAGCGCAUGCACCUGAGGGAUGGCUUCCUGGCUGACCAGCUGGACCCCAUCUACGUAGCCUAUAACAUGUAGACAAACUUGGGGUGGCCAAAGAGGUGGGAAGGCCUCUUUGUGCGGAUGCAGCUCAGCUGCGUGAGAACAGAGGAAGGAACAGUACUGUCUGUCUCAGUGCGGCUGACAAACUUUCUUUGGUGCGGGCGGACAACUCACUUGAAGAAAACAGAGAGAACGUGGGAAGAGGAAAAAAGGAUGGGGAAAAAAACAACCUGGGAUAUAAGCAACUGAAUUAACCCUCAGUGUUUGUGUUUCACUUUUGCUUUGAGGGCAGAACUCCCACUGUUUGUUCUAGUCUGUGCAUUCAUUUCUUAAUUAGGAACAAUGCAGGUUGUUGCAUACCUGGCUUUAUUAUAGGUUCCUUUUCAGUUCUGCCACCUUAAUGUCAGCUGCAGUAGCCAUUCACUUGUGCCAUAAACCACUCAUCGAGUUUCUAAAUUCUUUUCAAAAUGUACUUUCAAGUAUGGAUCAUUCAUUUACUGUUUUUAUUUAAAUGCAAAAAAUGCAAUAUGAUAGAAACUUUGUUGCAUUAAAUUACUUGUGAUGUUGACAUGAUUAUUUUUAACUCAUAAGGUGACAAGGAACAUAAUCAUGAUUUAGCAUUAGCAACUUGCCAAAUGUUUUAAAUUAAGCCUUAAAUAUUUCCAGAUGCCUAUUCCUAGGUCAGCUGUUUAAACUUGAUGUAGGUUUGUGAAGAGGUGAAGAUGGACAUUACAUUAUUUCAUGAUAGCAAACAAAGUACUUCUGGCAUAAUUAUAUACAUUUAGGUGAUCUGAUUAUCUUUUAAAUACAUGCUUCUUACAAACCUAAGUUCCGGUGUCUCUUAUGUAGUUUCACACUCUCACUCCAGUAAUUGUGUCUGUGACCAUCUCCACCUGGAACUACUGCACUGCAUAAGCAGUAACAAACAGGAGCACUUAGUAACUAUGAGGGCAAGUGUCUCACCUAACAUUAGCCAGAUAAGAGCUAAUGGUUUUGAGAUUUUAUUCAACUGCAUGUACUGUAUGAAGCUAAGUUAGGCUUACCCCAUUCAACAUACCACAAAUUGUACAGACCACUUGUGAAUGGUUUAUUUCUUUUAUAUGUGCACACCUGUUUGGAAACAGGCAGCAAGCCUGCUGUAAUUAUGUACAGGUUUUGUGUAAGUUAUUUCUGUGUCAGGUUGACUGUUCAACCUGAUACUUAUGAACAAGACUGAAACUGGUGAAACUUAUCCCCAUUUCCCCCUGAAUAACAUGAGUUUUAAAUGGUUUCUCUUGUAGGAAGACAAUAACUACAAGAGCCUUGUAAACAUUUUGUAUUGUAUAGACACUGGGGACUGGCUACUUGAGAGAUGACACGAAAGCACACGCUUCUUCAGUUAUAGUGACAGAUGUGAGAGCGCUCAUCCUCAAGACAUCAAGGAUGUGGUUUGGCAAAUAUUCUGGCAAAUAGAUGUUGCAUUGUCUGAUACGGUUUGUUGUCAUUAUUUUCAUAACAUGGUUUCUAAUAUAAAUUAAAUAAAUACAGUGCUUUAUUCAA